AUGCCUAGCGCCAAUAUUGCAGUAGCAAACUCACCAGCGCUAUUGUCCCCAUCACCAACACCCUCUUCAAUCUCAUUGCCAUUGAUCUUCUGUAAUAAACAUGUAUCGCCACCACCUUUGCAAUCACCGUUGGCUCUUCGAUCGUCGAGCAGCUUCUCCAAUAAUUUUGAGGUUAAGAAGUCGGUGUGCUCUGCGUCAUUUUCCACGUCCACUACUCCAACUAUUUUGAAGAGGAAGAGGCCAACGAAGAUUACGAUACCAAUUGUUUCUUUAAAUUUUGAACCAGUGGCUCAUGAGACGCCAAAUAGGGAUAGGUUGGAGAAUGAAGUGGAAGUUGAAGGAGAAGGGUACUCUCUGUAUUCCAAGAGAGGGAAAAGGGGUGCUCUGGAGGAUCGUUAUUCAGCUAUCAUCCAUAAUCCUCACAACCACUCUAAACAGGCCUUGUUUGGUGUAUUUGAUGGGCAUGGGGGAGUAAAAGCUGCGGAUUUUGCAGCAAAGAAUAUGGGUAAAAACAUUAUGAAUGAAGUGGCUUUAAGGAGUGAAGAAGGACUAGAAGAAGCAGUAAGGGAGGGUUAUCUCACUACAGAUGCAAAUUUCCUAAAGCUAAAUAAUGCAAAUGGAGGGAGUAGCUGUGUGACGGCAUUGAUACAGAAUGGGAAGCUCGUUGUGUCAAACGCCGGUGACUGUCGAGCUGUUAUGAGCAGAGGUGGAUUGGCAGAGGCCCUCACAGUCGAUCACCGCCCUUCUAUGCAAGAUGAGAGGGAAAGAAUCGAGAGCUCGGGUGGCUAUGUAGAUUGUUCUCGAGGCGCUUGGAGAAUUCAGGGAUCUCUUGCUGUUUCAAGAGGAAUUGGAGAUUCCCAUCUUAAGAGAUGGGUGAUAGCUGAACCAGAGACAAAGAUAUUGAUGAUUGAACCAGAAAGUGAAUUCUUGAUAUUGGCCUCUGAUGGACUUUGGGACAAGGUUAGUAAUCAGGAGGCAGUGGAAGUAGUCCGGCCUUUGUGUAUAGGUGUUGGUGACCCAAAACCAUCCUCUGCUUGCAGAAAGCUUGUCGAUUUGGCGUUAAUGAGAGGGUCCUCAGAUGAUAUUACCGCGAUGGUGAUUCAAUUAGGUUAUUUUGUUCAAUGAUUCAAUGCUAGGGCGAAGAUGCUUAGUUGACAUGGUGUAGAAGAUGUUAUGUGACUUGAUCUGAAGUUGAAUUUCCUUUUGAUUAUAGAACAUAUUAAGUUUUUUACUUGGUAGAAGUAAAGUUAGGUGA